GAAGAUGGAAGUUCUUUUCUUUCUUCGUAUUCUGGUGGUUCUUUUUGUUUUCUUUGUAAAUUGAUAACCAUGAAGUUUACUAGUCCUAGGUUAUCACUAAAUUCAGCUAAUCGUGAAUCGAUUGAUCUUGGAGAAAGUGAGCCUUCGUCGCCGGUUGAUUAUGAGAAGUUCAAGAAGUAUCAGGAGGAAAGGGUGGUACAACACCAACAAUCACAAGAAACCAUGAGCUCAUGUAUCUAUCCAACUAAACAAGAAAAUAAAAAGAAAAAUUAUCAACGAACCAUAAUUAGUAAAGUUGAACUGCAAAGUUCAUCAUCUGGGUCAAAUGAUGAUGAAGACUUUGAUAAAGAAGAUGAAGAUGAUUUCAGUGAUAUGAGUGAAAAAAAAAUUGUGAGAAAAUUAGAUUGGAGAUUAAUGCCUUUAUUAACUAUUAUAUAUUUAAUUGCAUUUUUAGAUAGAGGUAAUAUAGAUGAGGCUCAUCAAGAAGGAAUUAGUAAAGAUUUGGGGUUGAGUCAACAUGAUUAUUCUUUAUCAAUAACUGUUUUUUUCAUUCUUUAUGCUUCAAUUCAAAUACCAUCAAUCUACUUAAUUAAGAGAACAAAACCAUCUCAUUUAGUUAUUGGUACCAUGAUUCUUUGGUCAGCUUUGAUGACGUUAAUGGGGGGUUUACAAAACUACAAACAAUUGAUGGCAGCAAGAUCAUUUUUAGGUAUUUUACAAGCACCUUUAUUCCCCCAAGUAACUUUUUGUUUAUCAAUGUACUAUACUAGAGAUGAAUUUUUAAUUAGAGAAUCAAUUUUUUUCUCUGCUGCUUCGAUAGCUGGUGCUUUUAGUGGAUUAUUAGCUAUUGGAAUUAAUAGGUUAGAUGGUUAUGGGGGAAUUGAAGGUUGGAGAUACUUAUUUAUAAUCGAAGGUGGAUUUAGUUUAUUAAUCGCCAUUGCUGCUUAUAAAUAUUUCCCUGAUUUCCCUAAAGAUGCAAAUUUUUUAUCAGAACGGGAAAAGAAAUACGUUCAAUACAGAGUAGCUCAUGAUAAUAAUAAUGACGAUGAUGACUUCAUUCAAGUAAAUGAUAAUUUAUUGAAAAGAAUUCCUAAAAUAGCGGAAGAUGAUUCAAAUAAUGAUAAAUAUAUUAUUGAUGUUUUGAAAGAUUGGCAGUUUUGGGGUCAAUUAUUCUUAUACAUUGGAACUUGUGUUCCAUUAAGUGGAUUAUCAAUUUUUUCUCCAGUUAUAAUUGAAAAUUUAGGUUUUGAUUCAACUAUUAGCCACUUGUUAUCAAUUCCGAUUUAUUUGGUGGCUAAGAUAUUUAGUGUGAUUCAAGCGUUUGUUUCAAGUUGGGUUGGGGUUAGAUCUCCUUUCCUACUAUUUAAUUUCAUCUCAAUGUUAGUUGGUUAUGUGGUUUGUAUAACUGGAGAUCCAAUUUCAAAUCCUGGAGUGGUUUAUGCUGGUACCUUUAUUAUUGCUAUGGGGAUUUAUCCUGCUUUCCCCAUGGUGGUGGUUUGGAAUAGUAAUAAUUUAUCUGGUUCGUAUAAAAGAGCUAUUGGAGUUGGUUUACAAAUCGCUUUAGGUAAUUUUGGUUCUACAUUCAGUGCCAGUUUUUACCGUGCUAAAGAUUCACCUCAUUUUAUCUUAGGUCAUUCUGUUGAAAUUGGGUUCAUAAUAUUAGGAUUGGUGAUGGUUACAAUAUUAUUCCUUGGUUAUACUUUUGCUAAUCUUAAUAAAAAAAGAAAAUUAGCAAGUGGAUUUUAUGAUCUGUACUCAGAAGAACAAUUAAGGCAAAUGGGUGAUAAAAGCCCUUAUUUUUCCUACAGAUUAUGAUAUUUCUUCUCCCUUUGAAUUAUUUUUGCAUAUUAAUUUCGCUUAAAGAAUACUAAUCUUUUAACUAGAUUUUUUUUCCCGUUCCUUUAAUAUAUUCCUAAUAUCUUUAAUCAUUUAUAUCGCAUACGAUUUUUCUCUUUGUUUUCUAGUGAUGCUUGAGGGUUAGCAAAGUUUUUCUUUCCUUUUACAUAAAGCCAUUCGCUUGUUCUGUUUGAUUUCUUAUCACAAAAUUUUUCUAUCGUUGGAGUUGAUUUUUCUGUUCUUUGCUUGAUUUAUUCCUGCUAAGUUUCUUUUUCUAUACCUAUUCCUUUAUUUUUUUUGCUAAUCUUUAUGUGAUUAAUAUUACUUAACGACUAUCAAUAUGACUACAUAUGCUUUUAAAUUUCAUUUCGUUGUAGAUAUA